CCUUUCGCCCUGUUACUUUGAUCGGAAGUUUCGCCUCUCCUUGCUUGGGGAGCGGAAACCCUCCGUUCGUUCUCUCCUAUCGAUCUUAUCUUCUUCGUCCCCUGCGAGAUUCCCUUGAUUAGGUCUUUAAGAUGUCGGACAAUGAGAAAGAUGGUAAGGGAACGACAUCUCCCCGUGGAAAUGAAUGGGAGGUGGUAUCUCUCACGGCAUCUGUAUAUGCUGCUGCUCCUGGUCCUGGAAAAAUUGAGCAGUCAAAUGAAAAUAAGAGUACUGAAUAUGUAGCAAAAGAUUAUGAAUCUUCUGACCCGAUGCUUAUGUCCGGUCAUUUUCAGAUGUUACCUAAUGAAAUUGAAAACCUUCUGAAAGAACCUGAUUGUAAAGGUGUUCAAAAAGGGUUAUGCAAACAAGAUUUCUGCUCUUCUGAAACAGAAGCUGACGAACCCUGUAAAAACUAUGAAGAAAGUUGUAAGAUUAAAUCUGAUGACGAUCUGCAUGGAAUUAAUCAAUUCUUUGACAAGGAGAAGAGUCUCUCUAUAGGUGAUAUGGAGUUUGGAGAUGGCAAGACUCUGCAAGGUCUGGGCUUGAUUGGGGAAGAGCCUUCUAUAUACACCUCUUCUGAAUUUAAAGCUUUUCAUUCUGAAAGAGAGAUAAAUAGAUCAGUCUAUUCUAGUGAAAGCAGUGGAAUUGUUGAACCCAAUGAUCCUAGUAACACGUCUGCAGAUUCGUUUCUUGUUGAUGCUUCUGUGCUUAAGGAAGGUAGCAGAAGUGAGGGAUCUGGUGUGCCCUCUAAAGCAUGGUGGAAGAGGCAGGUUGAGUUUUUGUAUAGUAAGGCAAAAGAGACAAACACAUUUUGGUCUGUGUUUGUGGCUGCUGCUUUAGUGGGGAUUGUAGUUCUAGGCCGACGAUGGCAACGGGAAAAAUUGCAGCUUCAGCAACUUAAACUGCAAUUUAACAUCAACAAUGAGAGGAGUUUCAUGGCUGUUCCAUUCAGCCAGUUCAAGGCUAUGUUGGUUGCUGGCAAUCAACACAGGCCUUUGAUGCAAGGCGAUGCUGCAUUUGGCCGAUAAGGUCUUUACUGCUUACAUUGAUGAUGUUGACGAAAAACUACAAGUGAGCCAGGGAGGGUUGUGAGUGUUGGUUAUUACAUACUUGGUUGGUUAUGAAACUGCUACUCUAUGCUGUUUUUUUUCCCCAUGUUCUUGUAUUUUCUGAUGCUGUUGAUGCUUGGGUAUUGUAAAUUUAAUAUAUCAGUGGAUUAUUUAUGUAUGUAAAUAUGGGAAGGUUCAAUUAUAAAUAGAUUCAAAUGCAACUAGUCUGUGAA